CCCGUAGAAUGCUUCCUUGAUUUCUCUAACGGGGAAUUUGGAGAUGGGUGUUUUUUGGAAGAAGAGGAAGAGGAAGAAGAAGAAGAAGAAGAAGAAGAAGAAAAAGACCGGCUCUCUGUUUCUUCUUCUCAAGAUGAUAAUAACUCCAACUCUUGCAGUCAUUCUUCUGAUUCUUUCCUCACAAGCGAACUCGCUGUACCGGACGAUGAUAUUGCAGGGCUUGAAUGGGUUUCUCACUUUGUGGACGAUUCUUUAUCGGACCUAUCCCUAUUAUUCCCCGCCGGGAAGGUAAAAUCAGAGAACAAGGGAAAACGCCGGUGUGACCCGGUCGGACCGCUGCUGGUGAAGACUUCAGUUUUUGCUUUGCCUGUUCCGGUCAAAGCAAGAAGCAAGAGGACCCGACCCGAAAACACUGGUAGAGUCUGGCCUCUCGGCUCACUUUCAUCCACGGAGCUAUCAACCACAUCCUCAUCUUCCUGUUCAACAUCUGGUUUCAACUCCGUCAUACAAAGAACAGAGGGACAACCGGCUGAGAAGAGACCGAAGAAGAAAGCAGCAGGUCAACCCGGUGGGUUAACGGGCGGGAGCCCGUUUCAGAGAAGAUGCAGUCAUUGCCAGGUUCAGAAGACCCCACAGUGGAGAGCCGGUCCGCUUGGUGCCAAAACCCUCUGUAAUGCUUGUGGGGUUAGGUACAAGUCCGGCCGGCUCUUCCCGGAAUACCGGCCGGCGUGCAGCCCGACGUUCUCCGUCCAUACUCACUCAAACAGUCACCGAAAGGUGCUGGAGUUAAGGAGGAGGAAAGAACUCGCCGGACCGGAGCCUCCAAAGUUGACGUCAGCGGUGCAGAGUUUUUGAAGGUUUUAAGGUGCCGGCGUUGGGGUUUUUGGAUGAACCGACGGUUCAGGCCGGUUUGGACCGUCAUUAUUCGGCUUUGUUUGGUACACGGUUGUAUUGAUUCCGAAAGCUAGUUGUUUAGAUAGUAGGGGGUUACAGCUGGAUUAUAAUAGUUUAGUUGUUGAAUUUUUCUAUUUUAUUUUUAAUUUUAGGGUUUGUUUUUGUUCAAUUUAUUUGUAGGUCCAAGGAGAAAAAAGAAAUAUAAAUUUUUAGAAAUUUGAGGCUGCUUUUACUUUG